GAUCAAAUAACCAUUUGCUUUGCCUUUUUCAUUAAAUAUCUUUUCAGUUUAUUCAGAAGGGAAGAAAAUAUUAUUAUUAUCAACAAAAAAAAAACAGAGAUUUUUUUUUAAUUUAUUGAAUUCAAGAAUGACAACAACAGAGGAGAAAUCAGUUAUGGUUGUGGGAAUAGAAGACAAUCAACACAGUUUUUAUGCAUUGGAAUGGACUUUGGAUCAUUUUUUUGGAACUUCACCUUCUCUUUUCAAACUUGUCAUUGUUCAUGCCAAGCCUUCUCCUGCUUCUGUCAUCGGCCUCACUGGUCUAGGCAGUGUGGAAAUCUUGCCGUCGUUAGAAACGGAUUUGAAGAAGAUUGCUGCAAGGGUUGUGGAGAAAGCUAAGGAGAUCUGCACUGCAAAAUCCGUGAAUGAUGUUAUAGUUGAGGUCGAGGAAGGUGAUGCCAGGAAUGUCCUAUGUGAAGCUGUAGAGAAGCAUCAUGCCUCUAUUUUAGUUGUUGGUAGUCAUGGUUAUGGAGUUUUAAGGAGGACUGUUUUGGGCAGUGUAAGUGACUACUGCGCUCAUCAUGCCCACUGCAGUGUUAUGAUUGUGAAGAAGCCAAAGCAUAAAUCCUAAGGUAUUUCUACUUGGUAUCCGAUUCUAUUUGAGUGAACAAGUUUUAAAGGUUACAAACAUGUCAUCAUUUUCUCCAAUUUGUGGAGGAGAACUCAGUUCACUGUGUGUAUUUAUCCAAUUACUUGACUCUCAAUUUCAAUAUUUAGCUAUUUUAAGGUUGUAGUUGUUGUGUAACAUACUGGUGGCAAAAAUUCGUACUCUGUAAUAAUUCACAAUGUUAUGUAUGAAAUAAGAGACAGUAUAUGAAGCCAACUUUAAUA